UUUACUGUUUAGGAUGAAUGAGAGUCGGCAUUUUUUAAGACAUCUCACACCUGACGCGCUCACUCGUUUCUUGCCUUUUUUCUCUUUCCCUUCAUCAUCAGUAGGCUUCUGUCACAAGCUUUACCUAGCGUAAACGGAGUGUCCUUUUCCAUCCUGUACAUAUUUCAUCACAUACCUGGAAGAAGUGUUACCCUUUUGUUGUUCUUGUUCAUGCCUAUUGAAACUGCGUGGCUGUUGUAUGUUUAUACCAAAUCAUGGGUUCCAAUCAUAAUGACUUAAUAUUACAAUGGAGUGAAGUAAUAUUAAUCGCCAUUAUGUCAUUGCUUUUGUGUGUCUUCUUAGUUCACCUGUGUCGACAGCGCCAUCCUCGUCCGCUUGUCCUUUCUCUUCUUUUACAGCAGAAGACCCCAAGGCUCGACCACGCGAGCUGGAGUCCGCGUUUUGUCGUGAUUUUCAAUGCUGUGGACAAAACUUGGUUGAUCUUCAUGCUCUAUUACAUCAUUUCGAAGAACACCAUGUGCUCUCGGAUGAACAAGUCGACAACCUUGACGAAAAUGAUAUGCCAGUGAUUGAUUGGACGGAAGCACCACCCAUGGUUUCUAUGGCAACAGCAGCAACAGCAGCAGCAGCAGCAGCAGCAGCUGAAUAUUACCAUCAACAUAGUCAGCAGCAAGAACAACAACAGCC